AUGGGAAUAAAGAGAGCCACAGCCAAAUUAAUAAACAGCAUAACAGAAGCAGCCAGCCUCUCAAGACUCUUCAGGGGCGUGGGUGAUAUCAUGCAGCCUGCCCUUCUAACGAGCCAGAUAUUUCGGGGGUACACCGAGAGAGUGCUCGGAAUAGAUCUGGGAACAACGAACUCUUGCGCAGCUGUUCUGCAGGACGGAAAAGCAAAGAUCAUAGAAAACAUGCAGGGCAAAAGAACAACGCCUUCAGUGGUUUCCUUCACAGGAGGAAAGAUAUUAGUGGGCGAAGCAGCUAAAAAAGAAGCCCUUAGAGACCUGCCGUCUGUUAUCACAUCGUCCAAGCGGCUUAUGGGCAGGAAGUACACAGACCCAGAGACCAUCGAGCACAUGGGCACAGUCCCAUACAAAGUUGUGCCUCACACAAACGGAGAUGCGUGGAUAGAGGUAGAUGGGAAAAGAUACUCACCGCAGAAGGUGGGAUCUGAGGUUCUCAAGUACUUAAAGGAGUCUGUUGAGUAUGUGCUGAAAGAGAAGAUAAGCAAGGCAGUGAUAACAGUUCCUGCAUACUUCACAGACUCGCAGAGACAAGCUACAAAAGUGUCUGGAGAGAUAGCAGGGCUAACUGUGCUCCGAGUUGUCAACGAGCCAACAGCUGCUGCUCUGUCGUACGGAAUAGACACAUCGCAGGACGGCACAGUGGCAGUGUAUGACCUCGGAGGAGGGACCUUUGAUGUGUCUAUACUGGAGAUAAAAGACGGUGUUUUUGAAGUAAAGUCCACAAACGGAAACAGCCAUUUGGGCGGAGAAGACUUUGAUGCAGCACUGACUGAUCACUUGGUUCGAAGAAUAGAGAAGGACUACGGGAUACGAGUGCAGAAUGUUCCAGAGCUUAUGCAAGAAGUGCGAAAAGCAGCAGAGAAAGCGAAGUGCACACUGUCCAGCGAAGAAAGAGCAGUCAUAGAAUUUUCUGAUGCUGAUAGGAUAAAAGGCCUUGAAAAAUUAAAAAAGGCAAAAAUUUAUCUGAGCAGAGAGGAGUUUGAAGAUAUAAUCACGCCAUUGAUAGAAAAGACACUUGUCCCGUGCAAAGAGGCUAUGCUAGAUGCAGAUAUCAAGAAGGGCGCAAUAGACAAUGUGAUAGUCGUUGGAGGAAUGACUCGCAUUCCUGCCAUACGCAGGGCAGUUGAGAAAGUAUUUGGGAAGAGAAUAACACCAGGCAUAAACCCAGACGAAGCCGUUGCAGCAGGUGCAGCUAUUCAGGGGGGAAUACUCGCAGGGGAGAUGAAAGACUAUCUGCUGAUCGAUGUAGCUCCUCUGAGCUUGGGCAUAGAAACACUUGGAGGCAUCUUCAGCAAAGUUGUGGAGAAGAACACGUCAAUUCCCAUUAAGAAGACGCAGACAUUCACCACUUCAGAAGACGGACAGUCAUCAGUUACUGUGAAAAUAUACGAGGGAGAGAGAGCCUUAGUCGCAAAUAACAAGUACCUAGGAGAGAUAGUUCUGUCCGGCAUACCUCCCCUCCCCAAAGGAGUGCCCAAGAUAGAAAUAACAUUUGAAGCAGAUGCCAACGGGAUAUUCACAGUCACAGCAAAAGACAAAGAAACAGGAGCCGUGCAGAACGUGAAAAUAGAGCCAUCAGGAGGACUGACCAAAGAAGAGAUAGACGCGCUGAUAGAAGAGGCAAACAAUGCCCGAUUAGAAGAUGAAAAGAUAAAAUUGCUAAUAGAAACAAAACAAAAAGCACGAGACUACAUAAAGCAAAACAGAGAGAUUAGAGGCAAGAUGAGCACGCCGCUUUCAAAAGAGUCGGCAGAUCUCUUGGACAGAAAAAUAGAAGAUCUACAGGCAUACAUGGAGCUGUCCAUAGCCAGCAGGGAAGAAAUAGAGCACAUGCUAUCUGAUCUGAGAAAAGAGGCAGGACGUAUAUGGAUAGAUCAUAAAUAA